AUGUCAUGUCAACCAGACGGAUCAUCGUUAAAAGAAAUUGUCACAGACCUCCAAACGCUUCCUGACGGAGUAGCCGUCGAUUCAGCCAACGGGCAUAUCUACUGGACGAAUAUGGGAGAGAGCAUGGUCAACGACGGCUCUAUUCAGCGUUGCGACAUAUCCGGCGGAAACAUCCGGACGAUCGUUCCUCCCGGUAGGACUCACACUCCAAAGCAGCUGAAAAUUGCCAACCAGAAACUCUACUGGUGUGAUCGGGAAGGCAUGCAGGUCAUGCGAGCCAACCUGGACGGCAGUGAGGUGGAGGUGCUGCAUCGUGCUGGUGUGACGGAAGAGGAUCGCGAAGAUCGUCGCAAUUGGUGCGUGGGUAUAGCCGUCGAUGAAUCUCGAGGAAAGUUAUACUGGACACAAAAGGGGCAAUCCAAGGGCUCUCAAGGGAAAAUUAUGUGCAUGGACCUUCCACAGUCUGAUUCUCGAUGCGUUCCCGAUGGCGGCUUAGGGGAUGACCCCCGGUCAAAUAACGUCACCGUGCUUCUUGACCACCUCCCUGAACCGAUUGAUCUCGACUUGGAUAUCCAGACGAAUACGUUGUAUUGGUCUGACCGGGGCGAUCCGCCCUUCGGCAACUCGAUAAAUGCGGCACAGUUGGAUGCAGUUGGCCGGAUGGCACAUCUCGCGGCGCGAAUGCUGGUUCGCAAGUUACAUGAAGGUAUCGGGCUGUCUUUGGACUUGAAGAAUAGGAGGAUGUUCUUUGGUGAUUUGCUUGGUGGCGUUUACAGUUCGGGUUUGGACGGAACGAAUAAGCAGACACUGUUCGCGGAGCUUGGGGAUAUCACAGGGAUUCUCUACGUUGAAGAUUAG